GGAGGACACAUCGACGGCGGGGCCUCCGAGUAUUACCUGCCGCCAAACAUCAGACCUAAUGGAGCUCCAGCGCUGGAGAGCCCUAGAAUUGAGAUCACUUCUUACAUGGGACUUCAUCAUAACAACAACCAGUUUUUCCACGAUGAGGUUGAGGAGGCCAUCCCAAACGCCAAGCGCUCGCCUUCCACUGCCACUUUGAACUUACCGAACAUCGAGGCGUACAGAGACCCAUCCUGCCUGAGUCCAGCGAGUAGCUUGUCUUCCAGAAGCUGCAACUCGGAAGCGUCUUCCUACGAGUCCAACUACUCGUAUCCAUACACUUCCCCCCAGACCUCUCCAUGGCAGUCCCCGUGCGUCUCUCCGAAGACCACCGACACCGAGGAGGGCUACCAGCGCAGCAUGGUGGCCUGCACCUUGCUCAGUUCCCCGAGGCACUCUCCGUCGACGUCUCCCCGGACGAGCAUCACGGAGGAGAACUGGCUGGGGGCUCGCAACUCCAGGCCUCCGUCUCCCUGCAACAAGAGAAAGUACAGCCUCAACGGCCGGCAGACCUCCUACUCCCCACACCACUCCCCCACGCCUUCUCCGCAAAACUCGCCGCGGGUGAGCGUCACAGAUGAGACGUGGCUGGGGAACACCAACCAGUACACCAGCUCCGCCAUCGUCGCCGCCAUCAACGCCCUCACCACCGACAGCACCAUAGAUAUGAACGACGGGAUUCCCAUCAAGUCGAGGAAGACCGCCAUCGACCACACCCCGUCCAUGACUCUCAAAACGGAACCGGCUGGCGAGGAUCACGGGACCAUAUCGCCCUCUGCCGAUUUGUCACCGGAAGACUUCUCCAGCUUUCAGCACAUCAGGAAAGGAAACUUCUGCGAGCAGUACCUGUCCGUGCCACAGCAUCCCUACCAGUGGGCCAAACCAAAGUCUCUGUCUCCGACAUCCUACAUGAGCCCAUCCCUGCCAGCCCUUGAUUGGCAGCUGCCAUCUCACUCAGGACCUUAUGAACUGCGUAUUGAAGUGCAGCCGAAAUCCCACCACCGAGCUCAUUACGAGACGGAAGGCAGUCGAGGGGCUGUGAAGGCAUCUGCGGGGGGCCACCCUAUUGUGCAGCUACAUGGUUACUUAGAAAGCGAGCCGCUCACGCUACAGCUGUUCAUUGGGACUGCAGACGACCGCCUGCUGCGACCCCAUGCUUUCUACCAGGUUCAUCGAAUCACCGGGAAGACCGUUUCCACCACCAGCCACGAAACAAUACUUUCCAACACCAAAGUCCUGGAAAUUCCACUUCUUCCAGAGAACAACAUGAGAGCAAUCAUCGACUGUGCUGGGAUAUUAAAGCUCCGAAACUCUGACAUCGAGCUGCGCAAGGGGGAGACGGACAUCGGUCGGAAGAACACGCGUGUGCGGCUGGUGUUCAGGGUUCAUAUCCCGCAGGCCAAUGGCAGGACCCUCUCCUUGCAAGUAGCCUCCAACCCCAUCGAGUGCUCUCAGAGAUCUGCCCAAGAACUGCCUCUGGUGGAGAAGCAAAGUACUGACAGCUUUCCUGUUAUUGGAGGGAAAAAAAUGAUACUGACUGGCCAUAACUUUCUGCAAGACUCCAAAGUCAUCUUUGUGGAGAAAGCACCAGAUGGUCACCAUGUGUGGGAAAUGGAAGCCAAAACCGACAAAGAAAUGUGCAAGCCAAAUUCGUUGGUGGUUGAGAUACCACCUUUCCGCAAUCAGAGAAUUACCAGCCCUGUUCAGGUCAACUUCUAUGUCUGCAACGGAAAGAGAAAGAGAAGCCAGUACCAGCUUUUCACCUAUCUUCCUGCUAAUGUUCCAAUUAUAAAAACAGAACCCACAGAUGACUAUGAGCCUGCUCAAACCUGUGGACCAAUGAACCAAGGCUUAAGCCCUCUCUCUAAACCGUACUACAGCCAGCAGAUCAUGAUGCCCCCUGAUCCUGGUUCGUGCCUCGUGGCUGGCUUUGCCUCCUGUCAGCAGAGAAACGCCGUGAUGUCACCCUCUCCCAACGCAAGCCCCAAGCUGCACGACCUUUCGUCCUCUCCUUACAAGUGCAUCCCCAACCCAGGCCACAGUCACCUCGGACUUCAGCAGCCCGCUGGAGGUGUCCCCACCAUACAAGAAGUGCCAAGGUCUAUAGUUGUGCACCCAAGCUCCCCCGAGCAAUCAUCUCACAUCAUGCUGCAGCCGCAGUAAAUGAAAUUAUAAGGAAUGACCUUUCCAGUACCAAUGUCCAUUCGUAGCUUGCAAUACGGGCCUAGUAUGAAAUCCACACACACUUUUGACUUGGCUGGCGUGUCAGCUCAAGUAGAGAGAUACCGAAUAAACUGAAGACGUUGCCUGGUACCACUCUGAUCUUCCACCUUACUGAAUGUCAGGAACUGAAGAUUUACCUCUUGCUUACAAAGAAGUACCUCCUCAACUUCAACUGAUGAACGAAACAGCUUCUUUAAAGAAAAUCAUCUCAAAAGAAAGAGGAGGGAGUACGCUCCGAGACGGCGCAUUUCACGGGACAAAACUAGGAAACUCAGCAAAAUCUGAGUGCUUCUUCCCAGUGCUGAUCUUUUUGGCAUGGCACCGCUGGCAUACAGCCCUGGAAGUGCCUUAUUUUACCAGGUUGUGGCAUCAGGGCAUUUUUAAUAAGCUUUGAAUUUGCUACCAUUAAAAGAGUUGGUAGGUGCAGAAACUAUAGAGCUUGCAUUCUGGAGAGUGUUAUUGGAAAAAAGCAUAGGACUCUGCAGCAAAGUAGGGAGAGCAAUCCCUACUCCAGUAAGAUGCAUUUAUGAAUUCCAGAAUUUCUUCAGCUUUUCCUCUGCUGUAAUGUACAGCCUAUUGCCUUAUUCUCAGUGCAUUUCAAAAGCCUCCUGAUUUGUCAUCAUCUCAGCUUUCUUUUGCGUAUUGUCUUUAUUAUGUGCUAAUGAAUCAUAGGAUUGUUAGUAGUAGCAUGUUAAGAUUUUGAUUUUAAUCCGGCUUCAGUCAUAGCACAAGUGAGUUGAAUAGCACAAAAUAAAAAAGGUUGAUGGACAAAAAAUUGAAAUCUAUCUUUUACAUGAUAGAUGAAUGUGUAUGCAUGUACAUACA